CAAGAUUAGCGGGGGAUUCGGUCGCUGUGGUGCGCCGAGUUGUUCGCGGGAAAGACAGCAGCAGCAGCAGCAAAAGCAACACGGAAAAGACCACCAGCUAACGAUCCGACAAACUUCUGUAUUAUUUAAAAUUAUUUCAGAUCGUCCGAGUUUAGGGAUGCUUUUCCGCUCAAUAGUUGACAGAGGAGUGGGCAGACGAAACCAGAAUGCCCUCCCUGCAGACCCCUGGCCCAGGUACCCUCUGAGCUCUGUGCUGGGAGGCUACCAGUGUGUCCGACAAGAUGAACACAUCUCCUAUGGCAACCUGGGUGACUCUGUGCCACCGUUUGGAUUGGCUUUCUCCUCUGCGGGGAACAUGCAGAACAUCCUUGCAGUAGCUAAUGAAGAAGGCAUUGUUAGGAUCUACAACACAGAGAGCCGUGAAAACCCACUCCUUAAAGAAUGGUUGGCUCAUGAGAAUGCUGUCUUUGACAUAGCCUGGGUACCAGGGGAGCCUCACUUAGUGACUGCUGCCGGUGAUCAGAUGGCCAGGCUGUGGGAUGUGAAGUCAGGGGAGAUGUUAGGCAGCUUCAAGGGUCACCUCUGCAGCCUUAAGUCUGUUUCAUUCACACCACAGGAGAAAGCUGUGUUCUGUACUGGGGCCAGAGAUGGAAAUAUUAUGGUCUGGGACACCAGGUGCAGUAAAAAAGAUGGUUUCUACAGACAGGUGAAACAGAUCAGUGGUGCUCACAACAAAGCAGAGACAAACACCCCCGCCAGAACAAAGAAGAGGCGGGGUAGCACGCGGGGCAUGGCUCCCAGUGUGGACACCCAGCAGAGUGUCACAGUAGUUUUGUUUCGGGAUCAGCACACCCUCAUCUCCUCUGGGGCCGUUGAUGGAGUGAUCAAGAUGUGGGAUCUGAGGAAGAACUACACUGCACACCGUCAGGAUCCUGUCCCGCUGCAGACGUACCCGUACCCAGGUUCUUGCAUGCGCAUGCGACUGGGUUAUUCUGGACUUGUUCUGGACUCCACAAGAUCCAACGUCAUAUGUAACUGCACUGAUGAUAGUAUCUACAUGUUUAAUGUCAGUGGAAUGAAAACGACUCCAGUGGCAGUUUUCAGUGGCCACCAGAACUCCUCAUUUUAUGUAAAGUCCACUAUUAGCCCAGAUGACCAGUUCUUGGCCAGUGGCUCAAGUGACAAUAACGCAUACAUCUGGAAGAUCUCUGAUCCUAAACAUCCUCCCAUGAUGCUCCAAGGCCAUAGCGAGGAAGUGACAUCUGUUGCAUGGUGCCCAACAGAUUUUACUAAGAUUGCUUCCUGUUCUGAUGACCACACUGUGCGGAUCUGGAGGCUUCACCGGGAAAUGGAUGGAGCACAAUCUUCAGUGGGAGAGGCCAAUCUUGUGGGCUGGGCACGCCCUAAAUCUCCCUCAAGUACAAAGGGGACAACCCCUGCAAAAAGAGGACCGAUUAGAGGUUUUGAGAAGGCCUGACGUCCACCCCAGCUUGCUGCCUGUGCUCCCAGUGGAGCCGCCCUGCCUCUGCCCUCCAGCACCACCUCACCCAUCCCUUCUCAGGGUGCUAAGGCUGCUGCUGCUCGCCAGAGAACACCAUCUUCUAUCAAACAGUGGUUAUCGCCGAGCCGUGGCUCUCCUGGUCAGGUCAGCCCUUCACUCCGUAGGGUACUGAGCCCGUGUCCCCAGAGCCCGGUGAGCAGUGCCUCUCCCACAGAGCGACGGGCCAAACGCAGGCUGGAGACUGGUGACAGUCCAUCUGCAGGCUGUGGGGGUGCAGAACAAUGUGACUGUGUUACUGAACUCUACCCUGCGGCCAAGAGAAGCCGGGCCCUGUCUGGAAUCUGCUGCCCCGCUCAAGAGAGCCAGCUACAAACAGACUGUCACACAGAGGACAACAAGCAAGUCUCAUCAAGACAGACUGGCAAAGAGAAUUGCUCUCCCAGGGCAAAGGACUGGCUGUCAGCGAUGGGCCAAAAGAUGAGGAAAGGUCAAGGAAGCCCUAGUACUGCUAGAAGCCCCAGUGCCUCUAAAAAACAAGAUGGCAAGACACCAGCUUCACCGACAAUCCGCUCACCACAAACCACGAAGAAAAUCUCCAUGUAUUUUACAAGAAGGCCUAAUCUGGAGUGAGAGCUUGAGCCAGUCAGAUGCUCUGUGCUUCUGUUUUAAAAUGCUAGAUUUUUAUUUUGAGUUUGUUUUUUAACCAGAACCCACAGGCAAUAAUACAUUGCAUAGAGAUUGACAAAACAGUCAUUCUGAAUAUUUGACGCUGCAGUUUUCAUAUCUCGAGAGGCUGAUUUAUUUAUUUUAAUUGGGCCAUGGGUUUUGCAGUUGCCUCCUACACAAUUUUCUGGUGCUGUGAAGAAUCUCUGGUUGAAAAAAAACAAGUUGCAUGUUGCUAAGUAUAUCUUUUAUUUUACUCAAACCUGGCAACUUCAAGAGAUGCAAGAACCCAGACUUAAUACAUUUGUUUAGGAGGUCCACCAGGUAUUAAUCCUCAAGUGCAGAGAAUAAAUGUUUGUCUGAGGUGUGGACAUUUUAAAUUCACUAAAAAAUACCAUUUAUGUGAUCCUUAUCUUUGAGCAUUUUUAUGAACUUCACUAAGCUGUAUUGCUUUAUCUCCUUUUGGGGUUUUUUAUGUAUGGGUUUGACCCUUUUC